AAUUUAUAUUUUUGCCAGACAAACUCCAUGAUAUUUGCAUACCUGAACGGAACUUUGCGGUCCCUGCCUUGCUAAAUAAGUAACAAGGUUAAUUAAACUUUCUCUUGCAUUGAUAAACCUGUUUUCAUGUAGGGAGAUAUAUGUUGGUGUAUUAUCUAAGACAAUUCCAUGCGAUCUUAUCUAUGAUCUUGUCUCCUUUGUAGAUUAUUUCUCGUUCACUAGUCAUUCAAGUAGCCAACAGUUUUUCCAUAUUCUCUUAUCUAUAUAUAUUAAAGGCUACAAGCAUUUAGGACCAACACAAAUCAUUCACAUCCUAAACCAUUCCAAUUUCAAAAACUUGCUUCUUGCUUACAGGUCUUUUUUUAAAACUGAAUAUUCUCAAGUUUUAACACAUACAACAAUGGGUUUUCGUUUUGCUGGUAUCAUCAGAAAGGCAUCAUUUUCUGCAAACCGAUCAGCUUCGAAAGCUGUGGACGUGCCAAAGGGAUAUCUUGCAGUAUAUGUUGGAGAGAAACAAAAGCGGUAUGUGAUCCCAAUAUCAUACUUGAACCAACCAUCAUUUCAAGACUUAUUGAGUCAAUUUGAGGAAGAGUUUGGAUAUGAUCAUCCCAUGGGUGGCCUCACCAUUCCUUGCACCGAGGAUGUAUUUCAACAUAUGACAUCUCGCUUGAAUGGCCUAUGAAUCUGACACCAAAACAGACUGACAUAGUUUAGUAGAAAUAUUUUUUUGUAUUCUAGUUAUCUCAUCAAAUUCUAAAAGAUGAGAAGGAAAUGACCAUUAGAUUAGCAAAUUGUAAAUAUGUUUUGUUUAAUGAGAAUGAAUUCAACUA